GCUCGCAGCGGCGCAGCAGGUGACGAGCGCGGUUUGAGAUCUGGACUUCGGCUCGGCCACGGAGUGAACUUUACUGUAACGGAAGGCAAUGUGAAAUGGUCCCUAUUUGUCACAGAAGCUGGGACGACAUAACUUGAAAAAAACGUUUUUACUUUUUCUUUGUUUGAAGCGAUCUGAGUCCACAAUGAGGGAGCUGAGUUUACUGUGCGUAAUAGUCCUGCUGUGGAAGUCGAGCCUGAGCAAUAGAAACUGCCCGGAUCUGAUCGUUGACAGCUGUCACUGCUCCGCUGAGAGGUCCAAGGAGCUGAGCAGGCAGCAGGUCCGAAUCAAAGUUGUGUGCGACGAUGUGGACCUGAUGGACACCCUGCAGCCCAGCUUCUUACCCAACAGAACCGUGUCGCUAAACCUGAGUAACAACAAGAUCUCUCUGCUGAGGAACGGCUCCUUCUAUGGCUUGGCUGCUCUGGAAAAGCUGGACCUGAAGAAUAAUUUGAUAAGUACAGUGGAGCCUGGGGCCUUCCGUGGUCUGCUAGCUCUGAGGAGACUGGACCUGUCCAACAACAGGAUUGGCUGCCUCUCCUCUGAAAUGUUUCUUGAUCUGGCUAACCUCUCAAAAUUGAAUUUAUCCGGGAACAUCUUCUCCACUCUGACCACGGGACUCUUCACACCCCUAGUUUCUCUCAGAGUGCUACACUUCAGCACUGAGACUUUGUUCUGUGACUGUCAGCUGGUGUGGCUGCUCGCCUGGGCUAAACGCAACUCCGUAAAGAUUGGCAAUGACACAGUCUGCGUUUUCCCGACCCACCUUCACGGCCUGGAGUUUCGCAACCUACAUAAACAGCAGCUCAAAUGUGAUGGACCUUUGGAAAUGCCCCUCUUUCAGCUCAUUCCCUCCCGGAGGCAGCUUGUUUUUCGUGGUGACCGCCUCCCCCUGCAGUGCACCGCUUCCUACUUAGACCCAUCAGUGGAGCUGCUGUGGCGUCAUAAUGGCCACAUCGUGACCACGCAGGAGGAUGGGGGCAUCUACGUGGAAGAAACCCUCCUUCACGACUGCUGCCUGCUCACAAGCGAGGUCAUCCUCUCCAGCAUCGAUGUGCCCGUUGCUGGAAUCUGGGAGUGCCUGGUGACCAGUUCCCGUGGCAACACUUCUCAGCAAAUGGAAAUAGUAGUUCUGGAAACGUCAGCAUCGUACUGCCCCGCUGACAGAGUCACCAACAACAAGGGGGACUUCAGGUGGCCAAAGACACUGGCUGGCAUCCUGGCCUUCCUACCCUGUGCUCCUGCCACCUUUGGCUCUGCCCCUCACCCCUCUGGCAGUGCUCCUCACCCCUCGAGCCGGAGGGAGAAGAAGGCGUGGCGACGUUGUGACCGUGCUGGGCGGUGGGCUGAAGAGGACUACACUCAGUGCCCUUAUGCCAGUGAACUGACCCGUGUGCUGCAUGAGCUCACCCAGAUACCUAUUAAUUCCACAAACGCUCAGCCUUUUGGACAGCAGCUGGUGGCUUUCACCAGCAGGGCAGCACACUUCACCGAUGUCAUGGAUGUCAUCUUUGUCACCCACCUGGUGGAGAGACUAACAAGGCUGGUGGAGAAACAUAAAGAUCUCGGGGACUAUAUAUCAGACAUCGCCAGCAACAUGAUGUUGGUGGAAGAGCACAUCUUGUGGAUGGCACAGAAUGAGGCCAGGGCGUGCACUCGAAUCGUCCAGUGUGUGGAGCGUAUUGCUGACCUUGCACUGACUGGAGACAAUCGGGCCAUUUCUAAGGUAUCUGCUAACAUAGCUCUGGAGGCCUUUCUGAUCCGUCCGUCAAACUUCCACGGCUUGUGCUGCACAGCCCUUCGACAGCCCCCCUCAACCGCCACCUCACCCCUCCCUGACAGCCACUCCCACUCUGAUAAGGACAUGAGCAGAGAGCGUGAUGCCAUGGGGGAAUCGUUACUCAGCUUCAAAUGCCACACUGUCAACAACAGUGGCUCACCGGUCAGUCAGCUAAGCAAGAACUCAGUGGCAGUCGCCUCAAUCCAUUUACCGCUGGCUGGUACGCCUAUCUCCUCCUCAGCGUUGCAAUCUGUUGAUAACUCCACUUGCAAGCUGCAGUUUAUUGUGUUUCGCAAUGGGAAACUCUUCCCUUGCACCGGCAAUUCGUCAAAUCUCGCAGAUGAUGGGAAGCGUAGGAGCGUUUCAACACCAGUUGCUUUCACCAAAUUAGAUGGGUGCAGCCUCGGGAGCGCCGUGCACUCCGUUACUAUUGCUCUCAGGCACUUCGCACUGGGUGUAGACCCCACCGCAGCCUAUUGGGAUUUUGACCUGCUGGAUGGACACGGUGGCUGGAGGGCAGAGGGCUGCCACAUAACAGGCUCCGGGGGCAACACGACCACUAUUCAUUGCACCCAUCAUAAUAACUUUGCUGUGCUAAUGGAUCUGAAGAAGGUGCUGUCUUUCCCCCCAUACCCUGGGGAGUUUUUGCACCCGGUCGUGUAUGCCUGCACGGCGGUCAUGUUGCUCUGCCUCUUCGCCUCCAUCAUCACGUACAUAGUGCACCACAGCGCAAUCCGCAUCAGUCGGAAAGGAUGGCAUAUGCUCCUCAACUUCUGUUUCCACACAGCGCUGACCUUCGCUGUGUUUGCUGGUGGCAUCAAUCGAAUCAAAUACCCCAUCAUCUGUCAAGCAGUCGGGGUCGUGCUGCACUACUCGUCUUUGUCGACCAUGCUGUGGCUCGGGGUGACAGCGAGGAACAUUUAUAAACAGGUGACCAAGAAGCCUCCGCAGAGUCAAGACAGCAACCCGCCUCCGCGCCCUAAACAGCCCCUGUUGAGAUUUUAUCUAGUCAGUGGUGGAGUGCCCCUCAUCAUCUGCGGGGUCACGGCAGCUGUCAAUAUAGACAACUAUGGCAGCGGGGAGCAAGCGCCGUACUGUUGGAUGGCAUGGGAGCCCAGUCUGGGAGCAUUCUUUGGCCCUGUGGCUUUCAUUGUCCUGGUCACGUGCAUCUACUUCCUCUGCACGUUCAUCCAGCUGCGACGACACCCUGAAAAGAAGUACGAGCUCAAGCGACUGACAGAGGAGCAGCAGAGGCUGGCCGCUGUCGAUGUGCCGACACACUGCCAUCAGGGAGCUGAGCCCGGAGCCCUGGCUGCACCACCCACUGGGAGCCACUGCCCUGCUGGCUGCCCUGGCAUUCCCAUCAACCCCGCGCUGCUGGCCAAUGAGCACUCUUUUAAGGCUCAGUUGCGAACAGCAGCCUUUACCCUUUUCCUCUUCCUGGCAACCUGGACUUUUGGGGCGCUAGCUGUGUCACAGGGCCACUUCCUGGACAUGAUCUUCAGCUGCCUUUAUGGUGCCUUCUCCGUCACCCUCGGCCUCUUCAUCCUCAUCCAUCACUGUGCCAAGCGUGAUGAUGUCUGGCAUUGCUGGUGUUCCUGCUGUCCUGGACGAAGCAACGACGCCUCCUCUGGUGCCCCUGGGCCUGCUCAAACACGGCCAAAAGUCAACGUGAAUGGAGAUACCCCUGGGCAUGGCCACGGCCACAGCCACUGCCACCAUGAUUCACCUUGUCGGGCAAAAGCUCUAAGCUGUGGCCAUGCCAGUUUAGGUCACUGUAAACAUGCUGCCCUUCCUUCCUCACAAAAUCAUGUGACGUGUCUAGCGCCAGUGACGCCAUGCUGUGCUGCGCUGCAUAGCCAGCAACUGAUGGAAGAAGAGCCUGCGGCUACGCAUGUGCUGCUACAUGCUGACCCAGAGGGUUACCGCCCAGGGAUCCAGUUGCACCCCUGCCUAAAGAGCAGCACCAGGACUAAAGGCCGUCAUCUCAGCCGCAGGGAUGGGGCCGGUGCUUGUGGAGUGGGGAGUGAGAGGGAGUACGCCUAUCACAUCCCCUCUAGUGUGGAUGGAGGCAGCGUGCACAGCUUACACACUGACAGCCCCCACAGCACACAUGAGCGCCACGCCCACAUCUGUCCACAUCUGGCCCACGAAGGCCACCAUGAUGUGCAUCACACAUGCCACGCUGCUGCAGAGUCCCUGGCAUGCCAUAAUCCCUGCCACAGGCAUAUCUGCUGUGCCAAGGCAGACCUUUUCCCUUCUCUGUGCCCGGCAGAAGCAGGAGACACGGGCGUCUUCUUGUGUGGCUGUGGCAAAGUGGCUGAGGAGGACCCUGUGGCAACACAUCACCAUUUGGAGAUGCACGCCCCGCGCAGACAAUCCUACCCUCAGAACCCACCCAAUCAGAAUGGGAUUCUAAAGGGGAACUUGCAUGAAGGUCUCCUGUACACGUCAGACAGCACAGGAAAUAUACGCACUGGACCUUGGAAGAAUGAAACUACUGUGUAGUGUGGGAAGACUAAGAAAGAGCGGAUGCAGGCAGCACUCCUGCUUCCCUUUCUAGAAUUAAAAAAAUGAAUUGUAUAACAUUUUAAACAUCACAAUCAGCGUGGGAUAUUUUUAUUUUAAUGUCCUCUCGAUUUUAUGUGUGCUGUUUUACUGUACAGAAUUUCAUUUAAAUGCUCUCCACGGAGCAUCCAUUGACAGAACAGAAUUUCAGAAUUUGUGAAAAUGUGUCGCAUCAUACCUUCAAAUGUAAUUGAAGGUAUUUCCACUGUUCCAUAUUACUCCAGAUCUAUCUCUCUAUAUAUACAAGAAAAUGAAUGGUUGUACGUAUGAAUUUGUGUGUUAAUGCUCAAAGACAACACGCUGCAAGAUAUUUUUUACACUUUGAAACAAAAUACAUCAAAUAGUCUAUGAUGACAGUGAACCUCCAGUACUUAAAAGAACUCUUGGCAUCCAUGU